AUGACUAAACUAUCAAAGUGGCUCAAAGGAAAUCUCAAGGAUAACGUUAAGGAAACAUUUGAAGCGACUAUCGAACAUCUGCUUAAGUUAAAACCUCCCAUAAAAAAAGGCAAUAAAAGACAGGCCUUGAUGUCUUCAUUACAAGCUUUGAUGAAAAAUGACGAAUCCGUACGUGAAGAAUACGAAUCUCUAAAUGCGUGGGUUAACGUUAAUAAUUCUGUUAGACAUAAAAAUGUGCAAUCAGUUAAACUGUU